UAAGUACUUCAGACGGACCCCGACGCACAGGAGAAAUGCCGAAAAUGAUGGGUCUCACGCACUCGGUCCACGAGUCGAGACGGCAAGUGGGCGUUUCCCUGAAUCAGGUACUGUUAUUGUUGCCUCGAUACACAUCAAUCAUGUUCCUGUUGAAAAAAGAUGAAGAUCUCUUGAUGCGCCCUAUCUCGCUCGACAUCGCUGUAGUAAAAGAACAAGAAAGUUAGCACGUGCACGAUCUACAACUACAACUACAACAUGCAAUUUUGACUCGUCAACGAAAAUCGGUUGAAGAUAGCUACAACGUAAUAUGCUGAUCUGUACAGAAGGUGAAAAUUAUCGGUGUUCACCUACGCAUCUGUGAGUACAUCUCGUCUGUCCUAAUGUAAACACAACUACAUUCGAAAAAAUGAACACGACACUCACCUCCAAGUAGAGUUCACCCCACUCGCGAUUCAAUAAUUCGGUUAAUAGGUUUAUCGUGUGCAUCAAAAAAUCCGUUCUUCUCAACGUGAAAUGUUACUUCCAAGACUUGUGACACCAGUUCCUCUACUUCCUACGCCGAAAAACUUUUAGAGAAAGGACUAGAGCGACAAGAAGAAGAAGAAGAAGCUAUAAACUAAGUAUACCAAUAGCCAAUAGCUAAAGAUAAUUCGUAUAAUCUGCUCAUUACACCUUUUGCACGCAGGUCCACGAGCACCUCCCGGAUGACGAAUUCGAAAGUCCCUCCACGCAGCCUUGUUUCCAGCUCGACCUCGAUCGCCUGCGAACACUAGGAAGACAGAGUUCUAGUGCUUGUUCGUUCACGUCUAUUUCUUCGCAGACUGGUCAGCCGAAGAAGCUACCACCUCCAGUAGAGACCUCAUCUUCCACGCGAAGAGCUUACAAUCAACCUCAAACUCUUCAAGCAAGAAGACAAGUACCGAGAGGACCGACGAGGUGGAGAUGGAGUGCGGGAAGAACAAGUUCAGAUUUGAUUUCAUACCGAAGUAGAAGCAUAACAGAUGACUACAACCGGGGGAGUGUUUUCACUAAAGCGACGCGCGGCUGUGGUUCAGGAGGACGAG